GCUAAAGGAAUUUCAUCUAAUUUUGAGAGGAUCGGGUCCCAUUAAUUAAUGCCCUCCCCUAAGUCAAAAAUAAAUAAAUAUACAUACGCUGCUCCACACUCUAUAUAUUGGCAGUGAUAACUCCACCACUGUCAGUGGAUCUUUUUCCAAGAAGAGGAUGAAUUACCCAUUCGUUAUUAUCCUGAUUUUGGUAUCACGAAGCAACCACGCUUCUUCUGCGUGCUUCAAAUCCAUCAUAAGCUUCGGCGAUUCACUAGCAGACACCGGCAACUCAAUCCAAUUCGCUCCGUCUCAAGCCGCCGCGGCGCCACCCUAUGGAGAAACUUUCUUCCACCGUCCCACGGGGAGGUGGUCCGACGGCCGCCUCGUCAUCGAUUUUACCGCUGAGGCUCUGGGGCUUCCAUUUGUGCAGCCAUUUUGGGGUCCGAGCAGCAGAGGAUUCGACGGUGGUGUGAAUUUCGCGGUGUCGGGUUGCACAGCGCUGCCGGACUCAUUUUUUGCCGAGGAGGGGCUCCAGAUUGAACUUGCAAAUACAUACCUAGCUGCUCAGUUGAGUUGGUUUAAGGAACUAUUCUUGCCCAAGUUUUGCCACACACCUUCAGAUUGCAAGAAUUUCCUAGAAACCUCCUUGGUUUUGGUGGGAGAGAUAGGAGGCAAUGACUACAAUCGUGCAUUCCUCCAAGGGAAAAACGUGGAAUCAGUACAAUCAAUGGUUCCUAAAGUUGUUAAAGCAAUAAGCUUAACAAUCAAUGAACUGAUCAAGCUUGGAGCUACGACAUUAAUGGUUCCCGGGAAUGCUCCCAUAGGAUGUUUGGUAGUUUAUCUUACUUACUUCAAAAGUUCAAAUCAGACAUAUUACGACUCCAAAACAGGUUGCCUCAAUUGGCUAAACAGGUUUAGUCGGCUCCAUAACAAAGUGCUGCAGGCCGAACUAGAACGCAUCCGACAACAGAAUCCAAACAUCAACAUAGUCUAUGCAGAUUAUUACAAUGCCGCAAUGCAAUUUUAUCGUUCCCCACAAAAAUAUGGAUUCUCAGAAGGAGGUCUUGUAGCUUGUUGCGGCACUGAUGAUCAUCCCUGCGGAACUGAAGGAUCCAAGACGUGCGCGGAUCCUUCGUUGUACGUGAAUUGGGAUGGUAUCCAUUUCACUGAGGCAGCUUACGGAUUGAUAGCAAAUGGUUUGUUGCGAGGAACUUUUACCAUUCCUCCGCUCAAUACGUUUUGUGCUCCGACUUCAGAUAUAUAAUGCUGCCCAAAUUAUUACUGAGGCAUCUAUUUUAUUUGCUUCUAGGAGUUGGUAAUUUUUUAUAAGACUUGGUGGGGAUAGAGAAUUUAUUAAUUAUUACUGUGAUUAUUUAUGUGAUCUCUUGUUGGGAUUGAAUUAAACUGGUAUUUUAAUUUAAUAGAAUAAUUGUACGUGUGGAUUUAAUUAA